AUGGAUUCGUCAAGUGCCCGUUCCGGUCGUGAAGAUCAACAGGUUAUGCACGCCCAAGAUGCAAGGCAAACUCCGCUGCACGCGAAUCCUUUGCUGGAUGGGGAAACGGCAGGCCCCGACUAUGGUCAACCUGGAAGGCGAGGUCCAGCCGUCCAAAGGGCCCCCUCUGACAUGGUUCAGAUCGAGUCGUUGAACGGCUCCCCCGCUGGCUUCUGGCUUGGAGUAUGCAGCCCCGCGUGGAGCAGCUGCUGGUCCGGCCUUUUUCACCGGAGCUUGGCCAGCUCAGCCGGAUCCCGUAAGGGAAGUGCAUGGGUCUAUGGUCAGUGGCACCCCGAGGCCCCCAGCAUUCUCUCCUACGACGUUUUCCUGGGAGCAGUGGAAACCAGAACUACGUUGACCAGACAGCAGGUGGUUGGAGCGCGAGGUGAGUUGGUUAGCCAAGAGCGGCCGCUGAUGUUCCUCCUGGAGAACCUGAUCCUCCUUUGUUUGGCCCUGGCUGUCGAAAGGCCCGCCACCGAUCCGGGAUCAUCGAACUCCAUACCGCGUGAAGUGGUUCAGGAGGAGGUGAGCGGGAUGGCCAAGGGUUUCCAGAUGGUCCCCGGGUCGGUUUCGUUGACAAUGGUCGUGGAGUACCAGAAGGGCAUCAAGCCGGUGUUCAUGAGAGUCCAGAAGAACCUCGGGGGCAUCGGGCUAGUCACGGAGUACCUGGAGGGCAUCAUGCCGGUGUUCGUGAGAGUCCAGAAGAACCUCGGGGGCAUCGGGCUUAUCAGAGGGCAUCAAGCCGGUGUUCGUGCGGGUCCAGAAGAGGGCAUCAAGCUGGUGUUCGUGAGAGUCCAGAAGAACCUCGGGGUCCGUAUCCAGAAGUGCGUGAAGGACCCAAAGGGGAAACAAGCUCCCAGGGGACUUGCGGGCACCCAGAACUUCGAGUUUGGUGCGCAGUUUGGAUGGUUGCCGAAAAGGGAUGGACAUCGUGGUGAUGGUGUUCCUGGUCUUGGAGCAGGUGGACUUGGAGUUCCCCCUGUUGAGGACUCCCGGACCUACGGUGACUAUGGCUUUGAACGUCCGCCGGGCUUGGAUGUGAAGACCCAAGGACCAGCGACCUCUGACGCCCCAGGUCCAACGGAGGCGGAAGUGAGGCCCUCACAACCAGAGGCGGAACAAGAUGGAGGCCCAAGGACUGAUGCGGCGACGAGCUCGGCGGCACCUUCACCUAUCGAUGUGCUGAUAACGGGAAUGAGCCAGUUGCAGCAGGUGUUGCUGAAGCAGCGAAGCGACGUGAUCGACUUGGAGCCGAAGGCUGUGAGCGAGCUAGUGAAGCUCCCGGAGUACACUGCGGAGACCGGGGCCAUCGACUUCCAGGCGGAUGCGGAGUACCAGACUUUGUCACCGGUGAGAAGGUUGAGUGUGGCCGCUACGCUUACCCCGGAGCUCAAGGAGGACAAGUACAAGAAGUUGGAGCGAAAGGUCGCGGCCUUGGUCCUGGCUUCGCUCCCCAAGGGCGUGCGUGACGAUCUGGUGGCGUACCGAGUUCAGGGUGUGCACCAGAUUCUUUACAGGUUGAUGGUGAUCUUCCAGCCUGGCGGUGCUCAGGAUCGGGCUCAGCUGCUGAAGCAGCUUGACGUGACAGAGUCCUCGGGAAGCCCUGCGGAAGCAACGGCGGCGCUUCGCCGAUGGUACCGUCUGUUGCAACGUGCCGCAGACUUGGGAGUCACGUUACCAGAUGAGUCUUUGCAGGUGAGGUCGUUGUCCGUGAUAGUCCGACGAACAGCUGAGCAGAAUGCUGACUUUAAGUUCCGUUUGGCUUUGGCGAGGACCGAGCUGCAGAUUGACACUCGCCCCACGCAGGAGAAUGUGAUGAGGAACUACGACGACUUCGCCCUCUACGGCUACUACUCCGGCAUCGGGCGGAACUGCGUUGAAGGGGCUACAGCCUACACCGGCGACUACGAGUACAGCUGCGGAGGGACCCGCGAAUCCGGCGCCAACGGCUUCCUCUACUACCACCCCGACAGGCUGAAGGUGAUGAGAGUGCGUGAGCCCUGUGAGGCUACAUCCUCUUUUGCGAGUGCGGUGUCCUGGUACGAGACGAGACUGAGUUCUACUACGUUGGCCAGGUUGGAUGGGCCCGAAGAGGAGGAGGCACUACUGGAUAGCGGUGCUACCCACGCCUUUCGGCCCCCAAGCUCCGCGACAGAGCUUGAUGAUGCACGACGAGUGGGGGUGGCCUUAGCCACCGGUGAGGAACGAUCGAUCCCUCAGAACCGUGGAGGAACGUUGCUGUGCGAGUCGGGCAGCGAGGGGACGAUACUCCCCAUGGGUCAAUUGGUGCGACUUCUUGGAUGCCGGGACCUUCAAAAGCAGAUCAAGGCCAUCCGUGACAAUGGUUCAUGUGCCUGGACUUGGGAGCAGCACUUGCGCGCUGCCCGUGAAGGCGGUGAUCGGACACAUGUGGCCGGCCUCUUGCACAAGAACCCGGUGUUUUCUACAGUGAGUGCAGAGGUGCUUCUUGGUGUUCCUGAAGGGGUUCCGCGUGGUGACCGUGAUGGUUGGAAUCUACUAAAGGGAACUCCGUGGUCCCGGGCGAAGCGCAAGGCUCUUUAUCAAAGUGAUGGUUGGGUCGUUCAUUUGUUCUCUGGAGAUGAGAGAAGUGAAGAGGCCAAGCGGCGCGAUGCAGUGAAGAAGUCCUUUUGGAGUGAAGCUCUAUCUGGCGAUGAAGUGAUGGUGGAUGCGGACCUCACGGCCUCACGGUCUAUGGACCUGUUGCAGCGGGACGGCAUCUUUAAGGUGCUAGCGUGGGGAGCCCUCAACGGCAGGGUGAAGGCCAUCAUUGGGGGACCUCCGAGACAUACGUUUCCCACGGUUGCUCAAGGUGUUCCUGUUGGCGGCCCGCACCUCAAGGAGACCCAGCUCAUUGUGAAGAUGAUGUUGUUGUUCUACAUGGCCCAGGAAGGCAGAACAGUUUUGUGGCGAGCUGGGGGUGUGAGAACUAUGGUGAAGCCGCAUGUGGGUUAUUUCCUGUUGGAGCAUCCUAAUAAAGGACCGGGAGGAGAGCGACUUUCCUUCUUUGAUACUCCUUUGUGGAAGGCCUUUGCAAUGGACUCCUUGAUGGGGGAAGUUCCUUGUUUCGUGAAUGAGAAGGAGGUGAUCUUGGGGGGCAACAUGAACCUUUGGCAUCUACGUGAUGCACGCCUGGGUCCCGAAGGUUCUCGUGAUCAAGGGUCGAUAUGGCCGUUGGAGUUGGUUGCGCAUGCGGCUUUUGCGGUGAGAGCAUGGGUGGGCCUUCGCAACCACGAGGGUUUCCUCUCUUCUUUGGUCAAUCGAUCUUGGUUGAAAGACCCCGAGCCUCUACAGUUGAGUAAGUUCAAUGUCCGUGAGUGGAAUGUUGGAGCAGGGGGAUACAAGUACCUGCUCGUUGGUUGCUAUCGACAUCCCAAGUUGUUGGGAACAUCGCCUGAGGAGGAGCCUGCGAAAGGGCCGUCUGCAGCUGAGGUCGUUCCUCGUCCUGAUGAUGGAGAAGAUUGGUUGGGAGAAGACCUUGAAGCAGCAGAAGAUGAGGUUCCUUUAGUUGCCGAAGAACAUGAAGGUGGAGUUGGUUAUGUGGAUCCAGGACCUCCUGAUGCUGAUCAUGAAAGGGAUGGUGAGAUUGAGGCCUUGAAGGAGCUCGCUAAGCCCCUGGAGUUCGUUUCUGUGUAUGUGGCCAAACCUAUGAGGUCCCGCAAGAAGGCAGAGACUUUGAAGGCCAUGCAGGAGCUCUACAUACAGCUGCGCAGUGCUGGUUUUCCGCUGGGGAGAAUACACAUGGACCGUGCGCGUGAAUAUCAAUCCAGCGCCUUUGAACACUGGGCGGCAGCAAGGGACAUUGAAUUGUCCCGCACCCAGGGAGAUGAUCCGUCCCAGAACCGGACCGCUGAGAGGGCAGUGGGUUAUGUGAAGAUGCGCAUGAGGGUGUUGCUUGCUCAGGCUAAAGAACUCAGCGGUGCCGAUGACGAGGUGAUCAAGGGAUGGUGGGCUAUGGCGGCGGAGACGGCUGUUUCCCAACACCAGGCGUUAGCUAUGGGUCGGAAGUUUCCAUCUGCGGCUCGAUUCGGUUCGCGGGUGUUUACGAGGAGGAAGGGCUAUGGUGCUGGUGGUACGGACCUCAAACCAAAAUGGAUUGGUGGGGUCUACCUUGGCCCCGCUCGCUCUGUGCCCGGCGGACACAUGGUGUACACCGAUGAGGGCAACCUGUGGUUCACUACGAAUAUACGUCAGUUUGAAGAGCGUGAUCCAGGAGCGGAUGGUGCUUCGGAACCGGAGAACCGUUUUUCCAUGGAGGAUUGCCUGAAGGUGUUGGAAUCGGAGCCCUUUGUCAAGACCAGAAAGCAGCGGGCUACAGCGUGGGGUGGCAAUGGGCCACCUCCUAUCCACACCACCCUUGGUGCUUACCAACGUGGUCCACACAUUGGUGUGACCAACGCUACCGGCCGCCAUUCGGCCCUCUCCCACUACCUCGCUGAGUUCAUGAAGAAGUCUUCUGUUGUUAAUUGUGAGUUUACGUCGAUUACGGUGGCUCGUGAUCUAUGUACUGAUGUGCAUUGUGAUCGGUUCAACAUGCGAAACUCUACCAACUAUGUGCUGACUUUGGGAGAGUUCAAGGGGGGUGGCAUUUGGCAGCAGGGUUCCAACAAUGAGUUUGCCGACGUUGCGGUCGAGACUGCUUCAGGGGAUGUGCUCCAAGGCCAUGUGAUCCCGGUUAAGGGCCGAGUCGUCAAGGUUGAUCCGAAGCGACUACACCGAACCAUGCCCUGGGAGGGUGGCCCGAAGUGGACUGUGAUAGCCCAUACCAUAGGGGCUCGGGGGAAGCUUGAGGAUUCGGAUGUGCAAACCUUGAGUGCUUUGGGGUUCCCGCUAUAUGCUCCCUCUGUGAAUGCCUUGGUUGACCUUCCUGAAGAGAACCCGGUUGUGGAUGCAGCCUCUUGCGCAAAACCUUGGCGUCAUCUCCUUUCUGAGCACGAGCUUGAGGAGGAGAUGCAGAGUCGCUUGUGGACCCGGAGAGUUCUUGAUGAGGAGGAGCAGUUAAUGCAAGUGAUUCCCAAGGACCUGGAGCUGGACUAUGAGGGGGUGAUCCAGGCCAACCAGGAGGCAGCCGAUGGGCUUUAUCUUCGUGAAGUUCGCUGUGUACCUGAACGUUGGGAUGAGGAGCAGUGGCUGGGCCUGUGUCGCAUGACCGAAGGUGAGGAGGAAUCGUUCGGGGUGGAGACCAUGCUUGAGGAGUUGCGUGAGCCCUUGCGGGUUGUCUUCACUGUUGCCUUGGAUGAGGUUAAGAACUAUGCUUCUCGUUGGUCAGAUGCUAUGCACAAGGAAGUGAAGGCCCUACUCGAUGCGGGAGCUUUGGUUCCCCUCACGGCGGAGGAGCAAAUGAAAUUAGAGGCCUCUGGGAAACUGGUAGUGCUCCCUGCAAAGGGGGUAUUCACUACAAAGCCGCCAGAUGUGGAAAAGACGGUUGAUGAUGAGGGAAUUCCACUUCCUCGAGGCUCGCCGCACUUUGUCAAGCGCAAGGCGAGAUUGGUUAUAUGCGGCAAUUUUCAGGGACGCCAAGCCAGAGAAGACUCAUACGCGGGCGGCUGCCAGAUUGACUCCUUGCGCGCUAUGUUGGUUCUGGCAGCGUUUCGAGGCUGGCGCUUGGCCUCCACCGACAUUCGGAAUGCCUUCAUCCUUGCUCCGAUCAAGGACGAGGAAGAUGAUGAUGAUGGCACUGUUUAUGGGUUGUUCCCACCGAAGGUGUUCCAGAUGGUUUUGGUCCCCUACUGCUAUCAACUGUGGCGGGUAGAUCGGGCUCUUUAUGGAUUCAGGAGGAGUCCAAGGCUAUGGAGCCGAUUCCGAGACCGGCGCCUACGUGAUGCUCGGGUACCGUGCGGCCUUGGACAUCUUCGACUUCGCCAAAGCCGAGCAGAUGCAAUUUUUUGGGCCAUUGUGUACGAAGGGGCCAACGGGGAGUCCGAGGUUCGGGGCUCUAUGAACAUUUAUGUCGAUGAUGUUCUGUAUGGGGGCAGCGAGGACGAGAUCCUUUUGGUCCAGCAGUGGUUGACCUCGGAAUGGAAGGCCUCGGAUCUCACCUGGGCCACCGAGGACUCGGUGCUUCGUUUCCUUGGCUUGGAGAUCAUGUUGGUGAAGGACGGGGUCAGCAAGCCUUUGUCGAGGAGUUGA